AGUAUGCCUAGUCUGUAUCUAUGACCGUGCAUACUGCAUAGUCUGCAGUUGAGCAUGCUCGAAAACAUUGCGUACAUAACCAAUUGCAAGUUGCAUAACACCCUUCUUUUUCUAGCGCAAAACCAGAGUAUAUCGAAAACACUGAACUCUAUAAUGAUCGAAAAGCUGCCAUUUCCAUCCCAAGUUGCUAUGCAACCGAUGUUUCAUCUGAAGUUCAUGAUGCGGGUCCUGCUAUGGAACACAAUUUUCCUGAACAGACUUGUGGCGCAGUGCAAGCGAGAGCCGCGAGUCACACGUCUUGCACACGUCAACACAGGAGCUUGGCCGUGAACGCCACCGAGAUGCCGGCCACCUCGCCCUCGGCCGACUCGGGAGUCGUGGACGCGUUCUCCGCCCUCAGUCCGGAGGAGCAGGAGCGGCAGCGCGAGGAGUGGAAGCAGGACCUGGCCAGGAUUGAGGAGGACAUUGUGCUGAUGCGUGAGACGCUGUCGGCCAAGAUUAAGGAGGCGCAGGAGCUGAAGCACAAGCUGGGCAUCACCAUGUGGAGCGAGUUCACCGACGACGUCAACCAGGGCCUGAAAAACGUCCGAGAGUCGCAGGCGUACCACAAGGUGACGGACACGAUCAGCGAGAUCCAGCACGCGGUCACGGAAGCGCCGCUGUAUCAGGCGGUGGCAGGGAAACUGGAGCAGGCGCAGCACACGCCAGCCUACCAGCGGACCGAGGCGGCGCUGAAGACCACCACGGAGAAGGCGUCCGGUCUGCUGGCCGGCCUGGGCGCCAAGCUGACCGAGGCGCGCGACUCGCCCACCGUCAAAUCGCUCGAGGAGCGCGUCGGCACCAUGGUCACCACGGUGAAGAACUGUGUUCCGAUGCCCUCGUCGCUGCAGAUGAGUCUCGGCCCGGCUAACCAAUACAUGCCGCCGGCUCCUGCUGCUGCUCCUACCGACCCGCCGCCGUUCUCGGGCGACCAGCUCCAGUGACCUGCUCCUCAGGAGCCUCUGUCGUGCCUCCGCUCCUCUACCCAGCAAAGUGACCUCGUCGCGCAGCAACUCGACCCAGUCGUUUGACGAGGCGCUGAAGGAGGCGGAGGCUGCCAAACGGCAGGCCGAGAGCGGCGCGCCUCCGCCCACAGUGACUGAGGAGAAGACGCCGCAGUAGGGGCGCCGCCUGUCGACCGGCGUCGGAAGCUCAGCUUCGCCCGCGGACCGCCGCCGCGGCGCACUCCAAGUGCGCGCCAUUCCUCUCGGCGUGAGGCCGUCUGAACCUGUGGCUCCGGUGGGUGGUGAUGUGGUCAGCGCGCACCGAACGCGACUCGUCUGGAUUCUGUCGGGAUAUGUGGCAAAUUGCGUCGCUUGGGGUCUAUAUUUACACACGAAUGGUGGGCUCUGGCGGGCGGGCAUUCGCGGAUGUAACAUCUCUCUCUCUCUCUCACAAAUGCGUGUGAUCAGGCGGGGCUCUGUCGAAUGCGUGGCUCUUCUGUAGCGGUUGGAGUCUUUGCACAGCACCCCGGGGUGCGGGUGGGCAGUUAUUUAUGAAGACUUAUAUUUUAUCGUGCUACUGACGAUCUGAGACCCUAGUUCGGCACAGAGUGUGUGAGCUGAUGCGGCGCGUGCAUGUCCCGAACACCGGGCGCCGGAGAGCGUGAAAUGGCGAUCCGAAGCGUCGCCCCCGCCUUCUUUGUUUGGUACUCGGCGUUCGUGCUUGGUCAUGUGGGUAGUAUGUGAUAGAGAAUGGUAUUCAAUAAAACUCCUAAACCGC